UCAGCCUGGCAGCAGCGCAGGCAGGGAGGGCACCCUGGCCUGGAGGAGGUCAUGGAGGAGGACAACCGGACAGAGACCUGGCACCGAAGCCUCCAGGCAGUGCUUAAUGCCUUGAACCAGACGCUGCACGGGGUCAUCCUCUGCCCCACUGACCGCUCUGCCACCACCGCUGCCGCACGCAAUGCCAGCGCCCGCGCCAGCCGUUCCGGCCGCAACGACAAUGCCUACAUGUACAUCCUCUUCGUCAUGACCCUCUUCGCCGCCACGGUGGGGAGCCUCAUCCUGGGCUACACCCGAUCCCGCAAAGUGGACAAGCGCAGCGACCCGUACCACGUCUAUAUCAAGAACAGGGUCUCCAUGAUCUGAGCCCGGCCCCAACGCCUUGUCCCCCGGGAGCCGGUGGGUUUGGGGUCACGUUGCUGCUGUGCAUCCCGCUGCUUGCGGGAUGGGGCAGCGCUACCGGCCAGCCCAGCCCCAAAGCUGCUGGGAAACCCCUCCCCGGUGCCCCCAUGGAGGUGCUCAGCCCCGAUGUGAGCAGCACGGGGACGUCCUGGCCGGGCCACGGCUCCCGUCUGGCAGGAGCUGGCAGGAUGCAACCCACGGGCAGGUCCCGGUCCCGCAGACCCACCUCGGCUGAGCCCUGGGGGGACGGGGAUGGCAGAGGCAGCUCCUUUCUCACUGUGGCCUGCUGAGGCUGGCAGGGGUCUUCAAGGAGAAAAAUUCACCAUUUCCCCACUCAGAUCAGCCAGCGUUGACCUCCAUGGGCUCCCAGCAGCUUCGUGACACAGGCUAGCGGGCUUUUCUGGUGCUAAAACCCUGUAAUUUUUGAGCCGGGCUGGGCUCCACUUUUCUAGUGGGGAAUUAAAGGAGG